GCUGAGCGUCAGGAAGUGCUGCGAGGCAGCUAGCUAGCUAGAAAACAGAGGCAGCGGGGCGACCCUUCAGCAUGUUUGGGGGGUACGAGGAGAGGGAGGAGUAUGAGGACCAGCUGUACCGGGAGGCGGAGGACUCCAGCAGCUCCGAUGUGGACAGCGAGGUGGAGUUCAGGCUCUACAGCCAGCUGCACUAUUCCACCCACGCUCCCUACGAGGAGGAGAAGGAGAAGGAGAAGCAGAAAGAGCAGGCUCCGGCCCAGGUGAAGGAGCAGCCCCCGAAGGACGUCAUCGUCAUCGACUCGGGCACAGAGGUCAUUACCGUGUCGGACAACACAGAGGAGGAUGAGGAGGGGGUCUGUGCCUCGAAGGGCCGCAGAUGGCAGCCCCCGGCCUUGGCCAGGAGGGGGUGGACUUCUACGCCCACCUCUGCUCAGCCGUCCCCGGCCCCGCAGAGCGAGGACUCUGUGCUGUGCCUGGACUCGGACUCUGACUCGCUCUCUGACUCUGACUCAGAUGGAGUGGAGAACUGGAUGAUAUUGGGCCAGGGGAAACAGGAAUUAGACGAUUCCAUCCAGCUCAACGUGGAGGGAGGGGUCAGUGUCAGGUCUACAGAUGAAGAUGAAGUUGACGAGCAGAACUGGAGGAUAUCCCAGAAAGAUAUGGAGUCUCAGAUCAGCAAUAAAAGCCCAGGCUCACGCCGCGCAUCCAACCGCUACUACACCAACAAGACCGUCACCUGCCGCAGCUGUAACAAGACCGGACACCUGUCCAAGAACUGUCCCACACCCAGGAAGCUGCCCUCCUGCUCUCUGUGUGGCAGCCAGAAUCACCUCCAGAGGACCUGCCCCAACAGGCACUGCCCCAACUGCAGCCUGCCGGGCCACGGCUACGACGACUGCCUGGAGCGCGCCUACUGGCACAAGCAGUGCCACCGCUGCGGCAUGACGGGACACUUCUACGACGCCUGCCCAGAGAUCUGGAGACAGUACCACCUCACAACAAAGAAGGGCCCCGUCUUGAAGCCAGACGGAGAGGUCGCUCACAGGAACCCUGCGUACUGCUACAACUGCUCCCGACAAGGACACUUUGGAUUUGAGUGCAACCAGAGGCGGAUGUUCAACGGGACGUAUCCCACCACCCCCUACAUCUCUCACUACGACACUCCCCAGGAGAUCCGGCGCAGGGAUCACCGGGCACGCAAGAAGGCCCAGAAGCUGCGGGAAGCUGGUCUGCUGCAACCGACUGAACUAGAGACAACCGUUUGUCCACAAGGUGGAGACAGAGAAGCAGAGCCCCCUAGGAAGAAGCUAAAACACAAUAAAGGAUGGGACAAGAAAAAGAGAAAAGACGAAACGACACCAGGCAAAGCCAAUAAAGCACAGAAGCAGCCACAGCAGAAGACGAGGACUUUAAAAGAGAAACGCAAAGAUCGCCAGAGCGGCAAGGAGCGGGGACAGCAGAAGAAGCAGCAGAGGGAGGCCAAGGCCCAGCAGAGACCAGGGAGACAGCAGACGUCCUGGGGGGCGGAGGAAGAGGACUUUCCCAGGGGCCCCAAAAUAAGAACUCCUGGGGCCCCCACACCCCCUCAGAAGGGGAAGCCUAAUCCGGGCCUCUUCAGCUCAGGGAAACGCAGCAGGAAACGCCGGGCCAGGGGCAGGGACAGGAAACCAGGCAACCGCAAACUGGAGGCCAUGUACCCCUCUGACGAGAACCUCUUCAUUAUCAAGCAAAGGCGCAAGCCCUAG